AUGUGCACUGUACCGUUACCCUGCUGGCUGAAGGAUGGUCAAAGGAUCGGUCGGCUAGCUUCAAACUUCCGUGCAUCUCGCAAUUCCAUUGCGAGAGGGUGGUUUCACGUUUGUCCCGUGGACUGGCUCGAUGAAACAAAAGUUACCGUGCGUGCCACUGUUGAUUUCCCGCUUCUCACACGCUCUGAAAAUGCAGCACAUGCUACUUUCCAGGCCAUAGAUUUCAGCGAAGAGCCUGUGUUCGUCCAGAUUUUGUUGGGUGAUGGACCGCCGCAGUAUUUUGACAAGCGAGUUCUGGUGGCUCGAUCCGAGUAUUUCAGGACGAUGCUGACUGGUGCCCAAUGGAAGGAGGGACUGCAUAACGAGAUCGAUCUGACCAAAGAUCCUCAAGCAACAAGUGCCACCGUGCGAGCAGUUCUGCAGUUCAUGCUGACGAAUGCGUUCUGCGCUGACGGUGACGCUGAAUUCGCAUUUUCUGUUCGGUGCCUUGCGGAUAAAUAUCGGCUGGCAGGCCUUGUCGAACAGGUAGAUGCAGAGUUGGAGACCUUGCUUUCCGAAAGCAAUGUCCUCAUGUUCUUGAAACAGAUCUACGGAAGUGGUAGUCGCCUCGAGACAACCUGUCGGCAAAUGCUACAGGUUGAUGAUUGCAGGCUCCUGAAGAUCCACCAAGAGCAGCUCACUCAAACAGCGACUCAGCAUCCAGAACUGGGUGGCUAUUUGAUGAGUUGCCUGCUGCAACUUGGGGAGCGCCCACAGCGCAAGCGCAAAGCCAGCCUAGAUGAUGAGGAGCAGUUUACAUACUAUUAG